GCGACGGAGGGACAAGCGCAGGGAAAUAAGCCCACUCUGAAAUCACCAGGGUCGUGGAUAAAAAUAGUGAAAACCCGCCGUCCCGCUUUCACCCAGCGUUGUUUAUAAUUCAUCAUUUAAUCAAAAAGAGGGAGCCCAAGCCAGCAUGAACGGCGAGUCAGGUGCCGGAGUGGUGACGGCCCCCCCUCCCACCACAGCCCCCCACAAGGAGCGGUACUUUGACCGGGUGGAUGAGAGCAGCCCAGAGUAUCAGAGGGAGAGAAACAUGGCCCCAGACCUGCGGCAGGACUUCAACAUGAUGGAGCAGAGGAAGAGGGUCUCCAUGAUACUACAGAGCCCUGCGUUCUGCGAUGAGCUUGAGACAAUGAUCCAGGAUCAGCUGAAGAAGGGGAAGACGCCUACCAGCCUGCUGGCCCUGCAGCAGAUCGCAGACUUCAUGACCACCAGCAUGCCUUCCAUGUACCCGGCUGCUCCACAAGGUGGCAUGGCAGCGCUCAACAUGAGUUUGGGUAUGGUGACUCCUGUGAAUGAUCUGCGUGGUUCAGACUCAAUUUCCUACGACAAGGGCGAGAAGCUGCUCCGCUGCAAGCUGGCUGCCUUUUAUCGGCUUGCUGACCUGUUUGGCUGGUCUGAGCUCAUCUACAACCACCUCACAGUCAGGGUGAACUCAGACGAGGAGCGCUUCUUAAUUGUCCCCUUUGGGCUCCUGUACAGUGAAGUCACUGCUUCCAGCCUGGUGAAGAUCAACCUUCAGGGUGAGAUUGUGGACCGGGGCAGCACUAAUCUUGGAGUCAACCAGGCCGGCUUCACUCUGCACUCAGCCAUCUACGCCGCACGGCCUGACGUGAAAUGUAUUGUACAUAUACACACACCUGCAGGGGCUGCGGUGUCGGCCAUGAAAUGCGGCCUGUUGCCGAUCUCCCCUGAGGCUCUGUCGCUUGGGGAGGUCUCCUAUCACGACUAUCACGGUAUUCUGGUGGAUAAUGAAGAAAGAACGCUCAUACAGAAGAACCUCGGGGCAAACAGCAAGGUGCUCAUCCUCAGAAACCACGGUUUGGUGUCUGUUGGAGAAACAGUGGAAGAAGCUUUUUAUUACAUCCACAAUCUUGUUACUGCCUGUGAAAUCCAGGUGCGAACACUGGCCAGCGCUGGAGGGCCCGACAAUCUGGUGAUGCUGGACCCGGGGAAAUACAAGGCGCGCCCGCGGGUGCCAGAGCCGGCUGGGGACGGCUCAGCCACACAUCCAAAGUGGCAAGUCGGGGAGCAGGAGUUUGAGGCUCUCAUGAGAAUGCUUGACAACCUGGGCUACAGAACGGGCUACCCUUACCGCUGCCCGGCAUUGCGAGACAAAGGUAAAAAGUACAGUGACGCAGAGAUCGCUUCCUCCGCCCACGGUGGUUACUCAUACGGCGAGGACAGCGACUCAGGUGCUCGCUCCCCGCUGAAACACAGCUUCCAGCGCGGCCAGCGCGACAAGACCCGCCUGCUCAAUGCCGGCGGCCGGCCCGACGAGCCCUACGAGGACGGGCCCGACGGCAGCAGCCCCAAGUCGAAGCCUAAGGUGUGGACGAACAUAACACACGAUCACGUCAAACCCUUGCUGCAGUCUCUCUCGUCUGGUGUCUGCGUGCCAAGCUGUAUAACCAACUGCUUGUGGACAAAGGAAGACGGACUCCGCCAGGCUGCCGUAGCCAAUCAGUUCAUCCCACUGAACACCAAUCCUAAAGAAGUGCUGGAGAUGAGGAAUAAGAUCCGGGAGCAGAAUCUGCAGGACAUAAAGACAGCAGGGCCCCAGUCUCAGGUUCUGUGUGCCGCUGGUCCUGUUGUGGAGCGCUCCUUGAAUCAGGGGGAGCUAGUGACCGCCUCCAAGGCCAUCAUUGAGAAGGAGUACCAGACGAAGGUCAUCGUCACCAAGCAGGGUCCGAACCCGUUCACCAAACUCACCGACCAGGAGCUGGAAGAAUACCGCAAGGAGGUGGAGCAGAAACAGAAAGGGCCUGAAGUGCAGGGAAGAGAUGAUAGUAAGCAGGCAUCAGCCUCCACUGCUCCCUGUCCUGAGCCUGAAAAGCAACCAAGCAGGCAAGCCUCCGACUCCAAACCUCCACAGUCUACAUCUGACCCACCCAGCUUAGAGAAGCCCCCACCGACAGCAGCUCCUGAGCCGGCCUCCCCCCCUGUUGACCUCUCCGGUGAAGAGGACCCAUUACAGAGCAUCAAGCGUUCUGCAGAGGCGGUCGUUGAUGAAGUUUUAACGUCCGCUAAAGAGAUCCUUUCAGCUCCAGAUUCCCCACAGAAGGAGUUCCACUGUGCAGUGCUGCGAGCCCUCAGCAAGGAACCGGUGGUAGGCGCAGAUCAGGCUCCAGACCCUGAGCAGCUAGCAGAGCCUGACGAGGAGCCCAAAGGCCAGAAGCCCACCACCACGCCGCCCAGCACCCCGGUCAGAGCAGAAGAAGAGUCCUUACCCGAACAGACCUUUAAGGAUGAGAGUGAUGCAGCCACCCUGAGACAGACCCUUCCAGAUUUAACCCCCGACGACCCCUCUGAUGCUCCAGCGCUCCCUGCCGAAGACUCCGCCUCUCCACUCGCCACUGCAGUUGCGGACGCAGAUGCAAACGCAGACGCAGCUGCAGCUGCAGCUGCAGCAGUGGCUGAAGAAACAGCGGUUGAAACAGCAGCAGCUGAAGGAGCAGCCGAGGGGGAGGAUGCUGCCGACGCCGGCGACCAGGAGGGCGAAGAGUCUCCCAGCAAAUCCCCCUCCAAAAAGAAAAAGAAGUUCCGCACUCCCUCGUUCCUAAAGAAGAACAAAAAAAAGACUGAGCCCUAGAUGGAGAAUGUUUGAUCGGUCCUCACGGCUCGCCUCUGCCUCUUCUCAUUUUUGUCUGCUUUCAUUGCACCCUUCAAGCGAACCACUGCUUCACUCAGAUAUGCUUCUUGUCAUUUUGAUAUCAUUUGUUGCUGGCUUAUUAACCUGAUUUUCCUCGUUUAGUGUGUGCCAAUUUUGUAUACAGUGUAAAAAUGAUUGAUUGCAUAAAGGUUUUUAAUUAUUAGAGGCUUUUAGUUGUGAGAGGGUGACGCAUUCGGUCUUGUCCACUCCAUCUGGCCUUUCUUGCAUGUCUAAUACUAGGCCUACAUGGCUGAUGUGGGGUUUUAGGGUUUUAUUGUGGGGGUUUUUGGGUUUUAUUGCCCUUGUUUUUUUUAAAGAUGAGUAUUACUAAACUGUUGUAACCACUAGAAUGUAUUGGGAUUGUAUCAAAAAUAUGUCCAAGUGUCUUUUAAAAACAGUGAAUGCAGGAGCAGAAGCUAGUCUUUGAACUGGUGGGAAAUUCUUACCAUGAAAACUACAAAUUACAACUAUUUAAUCCUGUAAGCAAGCAGUCGAAAAGCUGGGAAAUGCAGUCAUAUAAAUGUCUCAAGAAAUGUCUCAUAAUUUCUGAUUAAAUCAUACCAGCUAAAUCAAAUCUGGUUGUAUUUUUGUUUGUUUUUUUUACUAGAAUACACCACCAACAAGCAUUUGGCACAGCCUUUAACAAAAGGUUCAAGUGCUUCACAGCUCAUUAUAUUUUCCUUUUUAGAUAGAUCCAGCCUGCAUUGUUAGGAUGCACUGAUGAGUCUUUCACAACAAAAUCUGAGUCAUCCUGAGAGGUUUCACCGUUUGUCUGCAUUGUUAUUCCAAAGGGCAAAAAUCUCUGCCUCUGAUUAUUACAGACUUUAUUAUGAAGGAAUGUGUAAAAACAAGUUCUUGGUUUGUGUUUUACUCAUUUAUAUAAAAUAUAUGAGCCUGGCUUUGUUUUGUAUUUGCCCCUUGAUUUCCCUCUGUCCCUGUGAAAGUCAGAAACGAGCAAAUAUGCUACAUAUUGUGUGUUUAAUUUUGUCUCUAACGUGUGCUGUUUUUCUUUAUUUUUUUUUACCCUAGCUUUUCCUCACAAUGUAGAUCGUCUGCUGUGAGAGAGCACUGUGAAUUCUACUUUUCAAACCACUGUCUGUGAACUCGAACUUUUACAGUCUAUCAUUAUGAAUCUAGGUACAGAAUGCUACUCAGUAUGUUUACAUGCAGUUGGAGAAGGUUGAUUUAUUGUUAGUCUGACUAAAAUACGUCUUUUAAAAUGCAUGUAAACAUUUUAGUCUGGAUGAAAUCAUACCAUGUUAAAUUUCAAAGUUUGACCUAACUCAUUUAUACCUGAUGUAUUGCAGUCUUUUUACAUUUUGGAUUAUCUUUUUGUUUUUAAGACGUGACUGAUGAACUGCAACACAGUUCAGUAAAAUGCAUGCUGGAAGGGGUUAAAAAAUAUUUUGGUCUUAGCCUCUUUAUCCACCAUGAAGAAAGGCUGGAUGAUAAGGUUUUUAUAGUUAAGUUGAGACAAAGACAAUAGCUACAGUGGUAUUUUAGAGGGCUGAAAUAGUGAAGACCCAGAUCAUGAUGUGAAUGUGGGAACGAUAGCCAAAGCUCAGUCAAUGCAGGACAAGUUUGUAAGAGUAGAAUUGUAAUGAUUGACUCAACAAACUUUAGGGUAAAAGCAGUUAUUAUCAGUUAAACCAAGGGUCUAAGCCUCCAAAUGUUUAGAUUUUUGUCUAUCUGCAAUUGAGGCUAAAAAGUAAAGAUUGCAGUUUUUCAAAAACCUGAGGGUUUGUGGGGGUCGUUUUUAAAUGAUACUUAGAUUUUAGAAGGUGUUUUAUGCGGGUUUUGGUCUUAAUAGUAUAAAAUGAACUGAAGCAAAAUGGAAAACUGUUCUGUGGUCAGAUGAAAAGAAAAUCCACUGACAUUGCAUCAGGUCUAGAUGGGUUUAGCACCUUGAUCAGUGGUUUUCAAAUGUUUUUUUUUUUUCUUCAAGUUGCACCUAAGAUCAAGCCACAACCUCGAGGCACGCCACAUUCAUAUCCAUGCAAAAUCGCCUCUUUAGUAUGUUAGGGUAUCUUGAGUCGAUGUAUAGCUGUAGUAAUAUUGUAUGUCUGUGCAAAUUCCCAUUGCACACCUUGACUCAAAGUCCUAUGUGAUGCAAUUAGGGAUCAGUUUACUCCUGCAUAUUUGCUUUGACCCGGAAGUCCAACAGCAUAAAUGCAGACCCUACGUUGUCUGCCUUGUGCCUUCAGAUGUCACAAGCUAGGAUAGCAUAUAUCACAUCUGUACCAAAAUAAGCCAUGGAGUAUGUACUAGCUGUAAAGCUGUCCAUGUUUUUGACAUACAGCCAUUUAAUUACCUGCUUACUUCUUAGCAAAGGUCAGCCAUAGAAUGUCCCACAAUAGGUUGCUGCAUCCUCAUAGGAAGAAGGUUCCUGGUUUGAAUCCCGGUUGACAGGGCCUUUUUGUGUUUGCAUGUUCUCCCCAAGCAUGCAUGAGUUCCCUCUGGGUCUUCUGGCUUCCUCCCAUAGUCCACAGACAUGCUCAUUAGGUUAAUUGGUGACUCUAAAUUGCCCGUAGGUGUGAUUGUGAGCUGCAGCGACAGCUGAAAUAAGUUCCAACCCCCUUUAACCCUGAACAUGAUAAGCUUUAGAGAUAAUGGAAGGAAGAAUAGGGCAUAUCGCCACCUAUUCUUAAGGAGUUGAACAUAAUACCAUCAAUAUAUUGAUACAAAGGUGGUGAUCCAGUUAAUUGACCUUAUUGAGCUAUAACCAUAGUGCAUGUAAACGUACUGACUAUCACUAUCAUGGAGCUGCAUGAUCACUCAUAUUUCAGAAUCAUCCUGUUUAACCCUAAUCUGACCAAAUGGACUCUAUUACUGAGUAUCUGUGUUUCCAGUUGCAGAAAAAAUAACGAUGUACACUGGAGAAGCUUUUUUUUAUGGCACUGAUGUGUAAUCAAUGGUAUGAAAUAAGCUGUGCUAAAGGCUGCAGGGCAUUAAUACAAAGGCCAUAUCCAUAUGUUGCUUUCCAGCUUGUGUUUAUACAUUCUGUUUGCUAUAAGAACACAUUUAAGGCAAAUGUUACAGAAAACUCUUUAUCUGGCCUUUCUUCCCAUAUGUGAAGGCUACAUACAUGCACAGAAUGUCAGCCUGAUGAAGGACUGCAUGUGUCGAGAGCUUAGAGCGUGUAAUCUCCCUUUCAAUAACUGUAAUCACCCCUUUUGUUUUGUUCUAGCCUAAGCGUGUAGAUAACAAUACUACAGUCCUUGUAGUCAUGGUUUCUUUUCAUUCAGCCAUAGGUUGUUUCACAAUCUCACAUCUCUCUAUGCUGAUUUGUACGAUCUGUCUGAACUAAUUCCAGUUUAAUGUGUCUCAUCAUUAUUAUACCAUCUACAGACUUAAUACUCCCACCUCUUUUCUCAUGGUUCUGCCUCUUUUACAACCAUGAAUAAACAAACACUACCAUGAAAGUCA